CAGAGAGUAAACCAUUUACAAGGAUGUUGGUUUUUGAAUAUGCAUCAGAUGGGACGUUGUAUGAGCACCUCCAUUAUGGAGAAGGAUGCCAAUUAUCUUGGACACGGCGAAUGAAAAUUAUCAUAGGCAUUGCUCAGGGACUCAAAUACCUUCACACAGAACUUGACCCACCUUUUACUAUAUCCGAGUUGAAUUCUAGUGCUGUUUAUCUUACAGAAGAUUUUUCUCCCAAGGUAUCUCAAAGCCUUGAAUAUUGCAGUGUGUUUAACAUUUUACUCUUAUUUAUGCAUUUAAAAAGAAUGUCCUGGUCAUGCUGAGAUUGAGAAGAUUGG